CACGCUCUGCGUCAUGCUUAGUUGUAUUGGCAAUAAAUAAAUGAACGACAGAUGAACUGAAAAAUUUGCACCUUGGUCAGUCGCUUGAUCUAUACUGGAAACACAACCAGUCAAUUCCUAGCGUCGAGGAGUCCAUGGGAAUGGUGAAUAAUCAUUUGUAUAUCCCUUUUUAAUCAGAGGGUAAUGGUUAUACUCAUCUUUAUGCAUCUCCGAAACUGGUGGGUUAUUUAGAAUGUGCGUUCGGCUGAUGCAGGCUCAGUCGGACCUUUCACGUAAGUCAGCCCGGUUGAUGGAUAUUGUCAAUCUGCUUGGUCGAUACUUUCAAAUUCGAGAUGACUACCAAAAUCUCAUUUCAGCGGAGUACUCCAGAGAAAAAGGCUUCUGCAAAGAUCUUGACGAGGGUAAGGUCUCGCUACCGCUCAUCUAUUACAUGCGGUGUCCCGAGUCUAUGAGCGCCGAAGUAAAGUCUCUUUUGUUUCAUCGUCCUCCGUGGGAGGAACUACCGGUAGAGAUGAAGGGGUUUAUAAUUGCGGAGAUGGAGGCGCAUGGGGCUCUUGAUAAGACGUAUACUUUGAUUCGGGAGGUAAAGAAGGAACUCCUGGACAAGUUGCGGGAGCUGGAAGAAGAUUUCGAGGUGGAGAGCCCGGUUCUUCAUUUGAUUCUGCAGAAGCUGCGUCUUGAUAACAAUGAAAAUUUCACGUAGUUGGAUGGUCUGUCGAGGGCAGUGCACGCUCCACAAAAAAUGCAUCAUGCAAUGUAAC